UUUUGCGGCAGUGUCGUGCGCCCUCUGCUUCUUUCCGGGAGGCACAGCCAGAGAGGCAGGAGAGGGAGGUCAGUUAGAGAGCGGAGGCGGCGAAGGAAGGAAGGAAGGCAGGCAGGCGAGGGCCGGGCGUGGGCCUAGUCGCCGAGGGGAGCGAUGUGGCGGGCGCUGGCCAGGCGCGUGGCCCGGCAGUGCGCGGCCCCGAGACGGGCGGGGGCGAGCGCGGGGGAGAGGGCGCGGAGUCGCGCCUGGGCCCACCACCAGGCCUCGGCCUCCUCCUCCUCGGCCUUCUCUUCGCCUCCUUGGGGCGGGAGGGCGCUGCUGCUUCUCCCUCGAGCCGGAGCCAAGACAGCCGGGCCUCAGGCCGCCCCUUCCCGGCCCUGGAGCAGCUACCCGACCCACCAGAAGGUGCCUUUGCCCGCUCUCUCGCCCACAAUGCAGAUGGGGACCAUCGCUCGGUGGGAGAAGAAGGAAGGCGACAAGAUCUGCGAAGGGGAUCUCAUUGCAGAGGUGGAGACAGACAAAGCAACCGUAGGGUUCGAAAGCCUCGAAGAAUGUUACCUUGCUAAGAUCCUGGUGCCGGAAGGAACGCGGGACGUCCCCAUUGGAGCUAUCAUAUGCAUCACUGUCGACAAGCCUGAGCUUGUUGAUGCCUUUAAGAGUUACACUUUGGAUGCUGCAGCCACUGCUCCUCCAGCCUCAGUGCCUCCUCCUUCUCCGGCGUCAGCGCCAUCCACACCGGCAUCUCAACCCUCCGCUCGGGCUCCAGGGAGCUCCUACCCUCCUCACAUGCAGAUUGUCCUACCUGCCCUCUCCCCGACCAUGACAAUGGGCACCGUUCAGAGAUGGGAGAAGAAAUUGGGUGAAAAGCUGAGCGAAGGAGACCUCUUAGCAGAAAUAGAGACGGACAAAGCGACGAUAGGCUUUGAAGUGCAAGAAGAAGGCUAUUUGGCAAAAAUCUUAGUGGCAGAAGGCACAAGGGAUGUGCCUUUGGGGACACCGUUGUGCAUCAUCGUGGAGAGGGAGUCGGACAUUGCCGCCUUUGCAGACUACAGAGAUGCUGGAGUGGCCGAGAUCAAACCUCCAGCGCCGCCACCACCUUCUCCUACGGCAGGCGCAGUCGCUUCUCCUCUUUCUCCGCCGCAGCCUGCAUCCAAAGGCCCCGUGCAUAAAGGGAGAGUGGUAGCCAGCCCCUUGGCCAAGAAACUGGCCUCAGAGAAGGGAAUUGAUCUUUCGCAGGUGAAAGGUACGGGACCCGAUGGAAGGAUAACCAAGAAGGACAUUGACUCAUUUGUGCCAUCAAAAGUAGCCCCGGCCCGGGCAGCAGAACCCCCUCCUAUGGCAGCGCCAGCAGCAACGCCGGCUGCAGCCGCCCCACCAGGAGUCUUUACGGAUAUUCCCAUCAGCAAUAUUCGCAAGGUCAUUGCCCAGCGUUUGAUGCAGUCCAAGCAAACGAUACCUCACUAUUACCUCUCCAUCGAUGUCGACAUGGGAGACAUAUUGGUGCUAAGAAAAGAACUCAACCAGGAGAUGCCCCAGAACACGAAGCUCUCCGUCAACGACUUCAUCAUCAAGGCUUCGGCCCUGGCGUGUAUGAAGGUGCCGGAAGCCAACUCCUCCUGGCUGGACACCGUCAUUCGGCAGAACCACGUUGUUGACGUCAGCGUCGCGGUCAGCACCCCAGCUGGACUGAUCACCCCGAUUGUAUUUAAUGCGCACACCAAGGGCCUGGCUUCCAUCAACCAAGAUGUCGUGACCUUGGCAACCAAGGCUCGGGAAGGCAAGCUCAAGCCCCAUGAAUUUCAGGGAGGAACUUUCACGGUCUCGAACUUGGGAAUGUACGGCAUUAAGAACUUCUCCGCCAUCAUCAACCCGCCCCAGGCUUGCAUUUUGGCCGUCGGGGGCUCCGAGAAGAGGCUGGUCCCAGCAGACAAUGAAAAGGGGUUUGCCACGUCCAGCGUGAUGUCGGUGACGCUGAGUUGCGACCACCGCGUAGUGGACGGAGCGGUGGGCGCGCAGUGGCUGGCCGAGUUCAAGAAGCUCCUGGAGAAGCCCUUCACCAUGCUGCUAUAAUCCUCUCUCUCUCCCCAGGCCGCUGGGACUUCCUUGGGUCGCAUCACUUCACUCUAAAAGACGCUAUUUAUACAUACAUAUAUAUAUUUAGGGUUUAGACUUUUAAACAAAUGUCCCUUUCUUUAUUUUUUAAAAAAUACCUAUAUCUAAAUAUAUAUAUAUUUGUGUGUCUGUGUGUAUAUAUAUAUAUGCACACACAUACACAGAGUUGCUGGUAAUUUUUAUUACCAGUUGUACAGGUUUCAAUGGUUUGCAAAAGGCUUCCUGGAGCCGAGUGACAACUCUAUUGUGCUUCCUCCAGUUUGCAAACUUUCCCCUUCUAAAUAGGCCAAAGUGUUUGAAAUCAUGUGGAGAGGAACUCGUGCUUCCUUCCGGUCAAAGGAAGAGAGCCCCGCCCGGCAACGGAAUGCUCCCCGACAUCUCAAAAGAAGACUUAUAAAAGCAGAGGAAAAUAAUAUAGAAGCCACAUUUGGAACCUCCAGUUCAGCACAACAAGCAAACCUUGUUUGUGUGUUGUGUUCUCCUGGUGUCACAAAGAGGGGGCUAAAACGAGCCUCCGCAUUCCAGCUUGUUUUUGGAGACUUAUUUUUAAAUAGCACUUUACUGUCACUGGGGAGGUUGUGGCAGAAACUAUAUUGGAAACAUUGCUGACAAUACCCCCCUCCUUCCUUUUAGUGAACUUCCACAACAGCCAUAAAACUUUAAUUUUCUUCUCCAGCCAAUACUGCUUAACUCCAAAUAGAUGUCUGUCUUCAAAGUUCAGACAAAAUUAAAAUAUAUCAAAACCCGAUAGUCUUGAGAUGCUGAGUUGCUCUUUAUUUCCCGUUCAAAUGAACAAGACGAGUUAGUUGUGACUGUUUGUGAAGUCCUCUUCAUUUCAGAUGGAAGUAUAGAUCACUUUUCUUGGCGCCAGUGCCAUUGUUGUUGUCUUCCCCGCCCCAGCCUUUGUGGAAACACCACAAUUUCUUGGGGGACGUUGUAAAUAGUGUACAAAAAAGUUAAAUCGCUCAAAAUGGGUUUUGUUUGCAAUUGUCACCCGGAUGCAUUUACGGCGGCAUCCACAUUGGGAAAUGCCUUCAUGGAAAACACUCCCCAUGUUUGCUGUCCAGUUUGGAUCAUGGAAUUGCGAAGUGACAGCGAGAGAAAUCAGUAUGCCCCAAAUAAUUCUGUACCGUACGCAUUACAUUCAGUAUUGUCUCUUUGUAAAGUUGUGCUACCCGGUAACACUAACAGGUGAUAUUCCAAGAUUAUACUGUGGACAUUCAAUGUUUUCUUUUCCUGAGACGUAACUGAUGCGUUCCUGGUUUGGUUGGAGUUAGGCUUAACUUUUGCCGUCGUUGGCAAGGAACAAGUUGCACUUCAAAUGUCCUGGAGAGGCCAGGAGUGUUCCAUUAAAGGUUUGAAACGAA